AUUCGCCAGCAAAUCUUUAAAGAUUUACAAUAUUGCAUGCUUCAUCUAGGCAAUGUUCAAGCAAAUUCUAUCGUAUACGAUCUUAAAUCGAAAGAGACGAGAAUACCUAGUAAAUACAGAACCGGUGAUGAGAGCAAGCCCCUGGAUUUGUCCUUUGAGCGAGUGAGAACUUACUGCCUCGAAGUGUUGCGAUCUUCGCCUAACAUAAAACUCGAAUCCAGGGCGCUCAUAGGAAAUGACUCGGCAUGA